AUGGCUCAUGCUCCCCUCCUGAGAACGAACACGGCUCCUGUAUUCCAGCAACCCGACGGAAUCGGUAGCCUCACCAAUACCAUGAGUAAUGCGCCCCGCGCCAGCCAGCUUUCCGGCUCGACAGCUUUCACCUCCUCCGCCUCGCUAGCCUCCUUCAACAGCGCGUCUACCGUAACGCCCCCGCACAAUGGCGGCCCCGUCGUUGCCACCGCCAACAUUAUCAACCAAAAGGCCGAUGCCUCGCGCUCACUCUACCAGAUCUGCAUGUCGUUGAAGCAGCGCCUUUCCCAAGUGCCCAACUUCGACCCCUAUUUGCAGCAACUGGACCCCAACGACCCUGUCGAGUCAUUGUGGAGCCUCUUCCGCACCGGUUACCCCCUCCUCGACAUCUACAACGCCCUGCAGCCUGAAAAGCCCCUUGAGAUCGAAGAGGCAAACGCAAAUGCAAACGACAGCAAAAAGGCAAAAAUCGCCCUCUUCAAGUUCAUCCAGGCCUGUCUCAAGGAUUUGGGCAUCCCCUCGGCCGAAUGCUUCGUCAUCAGUGAUGUGCUGGGCAAUGACACCACCGGAUUUGUCAAGACAACCCAAGUCGUAAACUACGUCCUCGAUAUCGCCGAACAACGAGGGCUUCUGCAACAGUUGCAGCCCUACCCCGACGAUGACCUACCCCUCGAACCGGGCUCCAAGCUGAGUUACCGGGAUCACAUUGUGAAGGAAUUAGUCGACACGGAGCGCAAAUAUGUGCAGGAUCUGGAGAACCUCUAUGACCUCAAGAGUAGCUUGGAGACGAAGGGAAUCAUCACCGGCGACACGAUCCACCAGAUUUUCCUCAACAUUAACGCCAUUCUGGACUUCCAGCGCCGGUUCCUCAUCCGUGUGGAGACGACCAACUCCAUGCCCAAGCCGGUGCAGCAAUGGGGAGCACCCUUUGUCACGUACGAAGAAUCGUUCGACAUCUAUAGGCCCUUCAUCGCCAACCAGCGCAAGGCGGCCCAGGUCGCGAACCAAGUCUUCGACCAGAUCAAGGCCAGCGGACAUCCUGUGGCCGCCGACUUCAACACUCUGGACGGUUUCCUGCUCAAGCCCAUGCAGCGACUUGUCAAGUACCCGCUACUGCUGAAGGAUCUCAUGAAGAAGAGCGAGGACGACGCAAUCAAGGCUGACCUGGCGGCCGGUAUCGAAGCUGCGGAACGCGUGCUCUCCAAGGCAAACGAGGAGGUCAACCGCGAUCUCCUGGACGAGGCUCUCGAAGACUUGCGAAACCGUGUGGACGAUUGGAAGAAUCACCGCGUGGAGCAGUUCGGCCGCCUGUUGAUGCACGGCGUUUAUACCGUUGUUACGGGCAAGAGUGAACAGGAAAAAGACUACGAGAUCUAUCUGUUCGAGUGUAUCCUGCUCUGCUGCAAGGAAAUAUCGGCAAACAAGAGCAAGGACAAGAAGGACAAGACCAGAUCGACCGGGCCCAAGAUGCGAAACAAGAAUGCCAGGCUUCAGCUGAAGGGUCGUAUCUUCAUGACCAACGUCACUGACGUGGUUUCGCUCGCAAAGCCUGGUAAGCACAGGAAAUCAGCCACGCAUGCCUCUGGCACUAACCAAGGGAUAGGAUCGUACAGCGUUCAAAUCUGGUGGAAGGGUGACCCCGGCGUGGAGAACUUCAUGAUCAAGUACACCAACGAGGAGCAGAUGAAGAAAUGGGCCGUCGCUCUAGAGGCGCAACGUAAGGAGAACGCGCCCACCAAGGUUUCGGCGAGCCCUGAUCACGCGGCCCCUGAUUUUGCCUGGACCCGCGACAACGCCGCCAAGCUCGAGAACCCGUAUCUCAACCAGCAAGACGAGGAUGAUGACGACGAGCUGUGGCCGGCGGCCUCGGCUCCCGCCCAAUUCCCCCCGCCGACUCAGUCGACGGGAGGCAGCAUGCUUCCUCGCAAUGCGUCAAGCACGAGCCUGCGGCAACGCGCCGCCACGGGCGAGAGUCUCGCCGGCAUGGUGAGGGUGCCACCGCCCCGCUUCCCGCUUCCUCAGCCUCCCGCCCCCUUGAGCCUCACAACCCAGGUUCUCCCCUCGGGCGCGACUUCGCCCGGCGGUCGCGGUGGCGAUUCAUACUUCUCGCCAGUGGCUGAGUCGCCCGUCUCGUCGCGAACGAGCACGGCGAGUACCAUGUUCCCCAACCCGGGAUACCAAUUUCCAAAGUCCCUCACCCCGCAGCCCGGUUCCGGGUGGGACGACCCAAACCAGAGAUACACGGCCCCGGCGAUGCCUCGCGCCCCCUCCCGAGACGGGUCCCAGCAGAGGAACCCUCGUGGACCCUCACUGCCCGCCAUGGCCUCUAACAGCCAGAGUGCCGCACAGCAACAACGCAGCAGGUCAUACAGCACGCCUGAUAUCAACGGGCCUGGAGGCAUCCGUCGCACUCAGGGAGGUACUCCUAUCCCCGCGGUGCCUGGCAUCCCGUCACACUUGCACCCCGCCCACGACCAGAACAUACCUCGGUCGCAAACCGGCUCACCCAGGACGAACGACGUUCCCAUCCGAACGAACACGCAGAGCCCCGGUACCCAGCGUGAGCGCCAGUAUGGUCACCAUCAGUCCGGAAGCUACGGCGGGACCAUGUCUCAGUUUCCCGCCCAGCCGAUCUACCCUCGCCAGGGAACGCCAAAUUCUGGUCACGACCGACAGCUCAGCAUCGACGCUGCCGCAUCCAUGAACGCGAUGCUGUCCCCGCCCCCUGGCAGUGGUAUCAGCGGCUCCUCGUCCAACCCGCUUGCCAGCCCGGAACUGCCGAUUCCAACGCAGCUCAAGGUCAAGGUCAAUUUUGUCGACAGCGGCAACUACGUAACCCUGGUUGUUGCGUUCAACAUCACUUACCAAUCGUUGAUUGACCGGAUCGAUGCCAAGCUCGCGAGGUUUACCAGCAGCAGCAUCAGCAAGGGCAUGCUCAAGCUGCGCUACCAGGACGAGGACGGUGACUUUGUUACCAUUGCCAGCGACGACGACAUCCAGAUUGCCUUCAUCGAGUGGCGCGAAGGCGCCCGCAACACCGCACCGGGAGGAGUUGGCGAGAUCGAACUCUUCUGCGUCGGGGAAACGGCUUGA